CUCCGCUUCCCCCAGAAAGACGCACACAAGUCGGCUCCUCAACACCUCCGGACCUGCAGGAGACGGACGGCAAUGGCGACCGGUGACAGCCAGGCAACUUUUGACUCAUGGCUCAACCAAGCCACAGACCCAAACAAUCAGGAGGACAGAUGGGACUGCAUUCAAGGCUUCUACCAGCUCGUCAAUCAGGAGACUGAUGGUCCACAGGUAGCUGUUCGCCUUCUUGCCCAUAAAAUUCAGUCACCACAGGAGAAAGAGGCUCUGCAGGCUCUCACUGUUCUCGAGGCAUGUAUGAACAACUGUGGGAAGAGGUUUCACAAAGAGGCCGCCAAGUUUCGCUUUCUCAAUGAGCUUAUCAAACUCCUAACACCAAAGUACUUUGGCGCGUGGACUCCACAGAAGGUCAAAGACAGAGUGACGGAGGUCCUCUACGGCUGGACUCUUUGGCUUAAAGAGGAACCCAAGAUUCAGGAGGCCUACAGCAUGCUCAAGAAACAAGGUAUUGUGAAGAAAGACCCUAAACUAACAGACACAAUCAUAAUGGCACCUCCAGCACAAAGAACCACAGAUUCUGUUUUUGACCAGGAGGACAAGGCCAAGCUGUUAGCCAGACUAUUGAAAAGCGGCCGUCCUGAAGACCUGGAGACUGCCAACAGGCUCAUUAAAAGCACCAUCAAAGAGGAGCAAGAGAAGGCAGAGAAAUUGUCAAAGCGUGAAUCUACUCUGCAGGAGGUGGAGAGCAGCACCAAACAGCUCAGAGAGCUGCUGGACCAGCACACGAUCACUGGAACCUUGCUACAGCCGAGUGAUGACGAGAAGGCCCUGUUCGAGCGCUGCGAUCGGCUGAGGCCCAGCUUGUUCCGCCUGGCCAGUGACACGAUGGACGACGACGCAGCUCUGGCACAGAUCCUGGCAGCUAACGACGAGCUUACAUUUGUAGUAAACACCUACAAAGACCGGGUGGGGAAGACAGAGUGUAACGGUGGAAGAGAGAGAAGCAGGAGUGAGGAAGAAAUGGAGGGUCAAAACAACGCUCCAAAAAGUCCCAGAGAGAUUAAAAGCUACCACCUCAUCGACCUGUCAGCACUGGACUCUCCACAGACACAGAGAAAAGCCGAUUCACCACUGUUCUUUGAAUCCUCUCUCCUGGAAAGUACCUUCCACUCAGUGGCUGAACAGGACUUAAAUGAAUUAGAGUUUGAUAACCUGGUCUCAAAACAGACUCAAGAGACGUCGAGGUCGUAUUAUGAAGAUCUGCUGCAGCUUAAUGGAGAGUUUCAGACAAGGAACGCUGAGCAGAAUGGAGGGAGAGACUUUGUGUUGAGAGCCCGUGGAUGUGGGGGCAGCAGCACUACAUCUAAUGGGACUAACAUCUGGUCGCUCCCUCACAAUCAGCGCUUCACAGAGUCAGGAUCACUGUCCGAAGCACACAAACAGCUCGGUGAUGUGUCGGGAUCUCCAGUUAAACUAGAGGAGAGCUCGUGUCCCCCGCAACUACUGAAGAACAUCUUUGUUCCAGUGGAGACCAUCAAAUCCAGUAACCUUGAGCCGAUCACUUUAUACGAUCAGGGCGGCGUCCACGUUUCCCUCCAUUUUGCAAAAGAUUCUCCGCCGGGUCAUCCAGGCAUCGCUGUGGUCGUCAUCUCCACAGUUAACACAUCUGCCCUUGGUGUGAAAGACUUCCUGUUUCAAGCUGCUGUUCCAAAGACCAUGUCAGUGAAACUUCAGCCUGCCUCGGGGACACACCUACCUCCUUACAACCCUCUCCUGCCUCCACCUGCCAUCUCCCAGGUCAUCCUGUUGGCUAACCCUCAGAAACGAAACAUGCGUUUACGCUUCAAGUUGACACUGACACACGGGGACCGACAGCUGAAUGAGAACGGAGAGAUUGACAACUUCCCUGACUGGACGUCUUUGAUCGGCCACUAAAAAAACUUCAGAGACUUGGACUAAAAAACAAAAAGCUCUGGACCUGGAAUCUAGAAUCUGAAAGCUGAGCGAGCAAAGUGAAGAAAAACUGCGACCACGUCUGCAGUCGAUCCUCGUGGUAAACAAACACAACAAAUAUCCAGUCUGUGUUUUCAGAAAAGUUUUAUGAAUAAAACACCAAUAGCAACUGUGAUGCAUCAAUGACAAAAUAAUAUCAGAAAGAUUUAUUUCACUCUAAAAGGGUGAGUAAGACUCUUAUUUCUCACAUAAAAAUGUUUUGGGUGGGUUCGGUACAUCCCUGAUUGUACCUGUUCAGGUAUUCACUGUUCUGCUGUUUGUGCCGCUGCUGCUGUCGUUAAAGCCCAGUGUGAUAAUACAGUGUGUUUACUGUGUAUGCUGACAAGUAGCUGGUGUCUACGUAUGAAAAGUGCUAUUUAUUUGCUGUUGUGCAUUUGUGAUGUUCAAAGUUCCCAAACAGCCUUAAGAUGUAAAAUGCUGUGCUUUUGUUUUGUAUUUAUUUUAAGAAUGGGUUGAGAAUGUGUGAGAGACCUUCAUAGAUUUGUAUAUGUGGGCGAUUUGCUGCACUUGCUUUUUUGCUUUAGGUUGUAAAAGUAAAGACUUAAAGAUUUAAAAACCGAAAACAGGAACAGAUGAAGAACAGAUCUUCGAGUGUUAUCAAGUGAUAAUAUUGCUGGUGCUGCAGUUGCAAAGACAACUGAAUUGUGUUCUUUCCUCAGAGCAUAGCAACUACCAGUUUCCACGCCACUUCCAAACCACUUCGGUUGUUCCACUGUACGUUGUCUCCUCCACUGUGAUUAGUCACUCCGAGGGACUUAAAUUUCUACUCUUAAGUUACUGGGGAUAGCUGCUGAUAGCUACUAGGGGAAACAAAGGCACUGUCCUCUUCCUGUUUUCACAAUGGCUGAUGCAUUUUUUUUGUGCCAUAAAUCGAGCCCUCAUUUUCCUGGGACAGAACUGCAUAGCGAAGCUGAGGUUUAUAGGGAACCAAUCUAAACGCAGAUGGUGUCAUUACCCUACAGCCAUUACACUGUGACUUGUCUGUGUUAACUUUAUGCUCAAGCAAGUCAAGAAAUUUCUCAACCUGACAGCAUGUGGCAGUGGCAGCAUAAAGAAAUGUGCUACAAGUACAUGAAACAAGCAAAGAAAGACAAGCUGCGACUUCAGCACAGUAUGAAUUUGUGUAGGACAGAAAAACCUGAUGAAUUACAUCAACUACACAAUAAAGAUGUAUAAAAAUAAUGUUAGUUUUAACACUGUGAAGACACCGGCUUCACCUAUGCCUUUUAGUGUUUAAUCAUUAGAUUCAGUUUGCCAAAUAAUUUCCUGUUUGAAGGUUUACAUGUCAUUAUGUACUGGGAGGAAGUGGGGGCUCUUAUUGUGAAGAAACAGGAAGUGUUGUUGCGCACAAAGCAUGUUUUGAACACGACAAUUGCCGAUGAAGUAAGUGUUGAAAAACUUCAACAGGUUGUCUUUGUUGAUUGUGUUUUUUCACAAUAAGAGCCCCUACUUCCUCCCAGUGCACGAUGCCAACACUCAAACAGGAAGUUACAUGACCACUUGAGUCUAAUGCAACCUGUCUGGAAAUAUUUUAAGCAUAUUAACAUAUACAUGAUGUCUGUUUUGUCAAAGUGGUAAAGCUCAUUUCUUUGUCUGCUUGUGUUUUCUAAGUUUCAGUGUCUUGAUCUCUCUCAGCCGCUGUAGUUUUCAGACUGUCGUUAACUCUUUCUUACUCACUGUGAAGUUCAUAUGAACAGUGUUCUCUGAUCAGCUGUUUUAUAGGGUGAAGCUUUAUAACUUGAGCCCAGAGCAACAGAUUUACAAAAGUUCAAAACAGGCUGCAUAGUCAGUUUGUCAGAAUAUUUUUGGAUGACUUAAGGUCAGUGUGAAUGUUUCUUUGAAUGCUUGUCUAUUGUCUGUCAGUCCAACUGUGUGCUGCUCUGCUGCAUGUCAUCAAUAAAUACUGUGUGUAACAGUGUACAACAAAGCUCAAAUUCUGUCUCACCAAAUCAGGGAAAAAGGUCUUUAUGUCAGUAUGAUCACCCUGAAAUCUGAUUGUACAUCAUUAUAUUAUUACAGUUCCAUCUGAGGUGACACUGUUACAGUCUGACAUGUUGUUUAAGUGCUGAAUAAAAGAGAGAAACUCUUCAGACACAA